AUGCUUCAACACUUGCGUCGUUUGAAGAUCACGACGAAAGUUGUCCCAUUAAGAUCCGUCUCACAAUCACUCUUACUGUUGGUGAGCUUACCAAUACCCUGUUAAAUGUUGAACUUGGGACACUUCAUUUUCGGACAGCUGGCUGUAAUUCGUUCACUCCAAGAGGAUCCGACUCAUGCGUCUUAAGCAUUGGUUGCUGACCGCGUGUACGCUCGCUCUGGCGGCAGCAGAUGCUCCGUGUGAUGAGAGGAAGCUGCAAAGAGACGCUGUGAUGCUACUGGCGGCUCAUGUGGAUGUGGAGCUUGGCGGCAUCGGGGCGGGGAAGCCCGACGUCGUGGGCUUCCAGUAUCUGAAACCUGCUGAAGCUGUCUUGGCAGCACAAGCCUUGGCUCAUGAGGACUUCAACCAGGCAGCGGCGCAGUUCCAGCGUAUCCUUGAGUAUCAGAAGCCGAAUGGGUUAUUGCCGCAUUUGGUAUAUGGGCCGUCUGUGCCAUCUCAUCUGCGUUGGAUCCCUAGCAAUCGCACCUUCCAUCCAGGUCCGGCAUUCUGGCAACAGACGUUGUCAUCCGAGAAACAGGAGGAGCUUUCGGCGUCGCCGUUCAAUACCUCGACGAUCUCGGCUCCUCCAGUGGCUGGUGACGUCGCUUGGGAGAUUUUCCGAUUGGCCCCAUACGACUCAGUGCUGGGGGUGAGAACCACUGCCGUUCAAUUCUUGUGUCACGUGUAUGAGCCGUUGAAGAUGCUACAGAAGCACUUGUUCUCGUCACGUCGCGGUCCUUCUCCCAACAGUUUGCUCGUUGCACGUCACCCUUGGGAGACGUUUUCGUCACUGUCGCCGCACUGGCAGGCAUUUCUCGCCGACCUGAAGGAUGCACCGGACUACAAAACAGUCGUUAGUUCUAUCCCAGAGGAAGCUCGAGCUCGUUUUGCAGCAGGAGCUAGUACCAUAUUUUCAGCUGAGGACGCCGUGGAAAACCUGUAUGAGCCUAUGGUGUAUCUCGCAGCACAAACCCAUCGUAGGGAAAGCAAUGAGAUCUACAACCGCAACACAGCCGUGUUGGAUUCCAUCGUUAAUGCUGCGAACAGCGUUGAGGCAGAGAAAUUUGGAGUGGAGGACGUGGAAUUCAAUGCACUUAUGCUGCGGUCGUCGUUGAGCCUGGUGAACAUCGGACGUGUACUCGUGGAGCAUUCGUCGUCCUGCACGGAGUUCAGUCUAACUCAAAAAGAGCUACUGAAGGAUAUGAAAGAACUACGUUCCAUGGCCAGAGGCCUGGAGGGGGCACUCAUUGGCGAUAACAGCACUCGAGGGCUGUGGAACAAAUCUGCUGAUUUCUUCGCAGACUCCAGCAGAUUAUCAGUGACCUCAGUUCAUUCCUUACGCGGAUUUCUACCUGGAUACGCUGCAGAACUGGAUGAAGACAAAAAGAUGCGUUCGAUGAAGCAUUUCCUGUCAGAGCCUGGUUCAUUCUCUUUCUUUUGCACUCAGUUCCCAGCUUCCUUUUUCGCGUGCUCUGGGGUGGACGCGACCGAAAUUGCUGGAUUGAGGGAAGACCGCCCUGCAGUCACGACUUGGGUCCUCUUCAAUUACUACCUCCAGCGGGGCUUUGCCAGGGUUUGUUUGACAUCGCGAAUUCUUUUUUUUUUUUUUUCAUUUUUUUGUCGCAUGGAUAUUGCUGUACUAAUGUGCUGUGGUUGAUCAGAACAAAUUUCCAGGGCUAGCCGAUUAUGUUCGAAACAAAACGAGGGACAUGAUAUGCGAGGCAACUGCACCUGCGCGGUCAUCACUUCCUUUUGCGCUUUCGGCAAAGGCGCCUGCUCCUACGGCUCUUACGCUAGCCUACGACUCUCGCAAUGCUAAACCUGUCCAAGUUUUUGAUGAUAGCUACUUGGGAUCGACGCUAGCUGCCGCAGCUCUUCUGAAUAUUUUGUUGCCUGCAGUGACUCCGCCGCCAAGUCCAGAUACGCCACCUAUCGACCAUCGUCUUCUCUCUAUUAUAAUGUGUGUGGAGUUGGUGGUUGCGUUUGGCGUUGCCAUGAGUUGCUUCCUGUUUUCGGUAUAUUUUGUGGCAAAUCGACCUCGAGACAGACGGUUAUCUCCUGCUUCGGUGGCUCGGCGAAGGUCAUCUCUGGGUAAGAAAUCUCGAGACAAGUUGGAUCGCCGUAGAGAAGAGUUGGAAGAUCGAGGUCGAUCGAGUGGUUCAUCGUGGGCAGACAGAUAUUCCGAGUCGUCUUACAGUGAUUACUCUCCACGCUCUGGACACGCACCAUACGAGCUGGAAGAGUCGUUGAUUUCUGAAGGGGACGAGCAUUACGGAUCCUUCGACGAAGCAGAACAGCCUGAAACCCCGUCAAAUUCAGCGUGGAAAGCAGCUAAAAAAGUGCUGGCAGAUAUCAGUCCCUGGUAAUAUGACGAUGGAAAGUCAGCUAACCACAUCAAGAUAUUAUUUCGGCAAUGAAUAUGUUCGUAACAGUGAGUGAUAUUGCGUCAACGUAUGCCUAGAGCAAGUCCUUUUUCCAUUUUGCCACCAGUUGUGUGGCAGCUUUGGCUACUGAGGCGGUGGCGUGUUUGCGUAGCUUGUUAAUAGUACGUCCCACACCCGUGCUCUUGAGAAUAUCAACAGUAAGCACCAUAUCUGCGAGAGUGCUCAACACAUGUGUGGCCAAGGCAGCUGAAACGUUUUUCACGUUUCCGUUCUGGUCCAGUAAACCUUGUAAGAAGGCUACACGCGUUGCCACGUCUUCGUUUUCGGAUGGAGCACCCGCCGUUGCCGCUGCCACUUCAGAAUCGGCACUUGCAUCCUUGGCAUCAGUCGCAGUACUCUUAGUGUUCUCCGC